ACAAUAUAUAUUUUCAAAAAAUUAUUUUCAGGUAUUUCCAACAUACAGUAAGAUUCGGCGGCAUAUACGAUCGUACCAUGCUGUAAUGCCUCAUAUAUGCUCAAUUUGUGGGAAGGAGAUGCCUUCUGUUGAUAAAUUAAAAAUUCACAUGCUUAGCCAUUCUGACCGAAGAGAUUUUUUAUGCCCAGACUGUGGAAAAAGUUUCAAAAGAAAGGACAAGAUGCGAGAACACUCAAAGCGAAUGCAUUCUGCUGAGCGUGGAGAUAGAAGUCCCAAAUCUGUUAAAGGGCCACCAAAGUUUGUGCCAAAGGUGGAUCCUACAGACUACAAACAGUUCCUUUACAAGUGCACUAUUUGCUUGCUUGGAUUUAAACGGAGAGGAAUGCUAGUUAAUCACUUGGCCAAACGACACCCAAAUGUAGACUUGAAAUGUGUUCCUGAGCUAAACCAACCAAUAUUGAAGGCUAAUCGAUGUUAUAAAUGCCAGCACUGUGACAAAAGGUACAGAAGCAGUAGUAAACGAAAGUUACACAUUUUGAAAUAUCAUCCAGGAGCUGAACUCCCACCAAGGGCAAAACCAACAUCUGAUAAUGAUACUGAAAGCUCUUCCUAUACUUCCUCCUCUCCUCAUCCAUGCAAAUGGUGCUAUCGUCAAUAUGCUUCAAGAGCUAGGCUUCUAAGACAUCAGCGUCAUCAUCAUCCAUCGCAUUUCAACAAUGAAGGUGAUAAUGAAACAUCUAACAUUAACAAUGUUGCCUUUCUGGAUACAUCAGCUGGUAUAUCUGGUGAACUUUCUCUCAAUGGGCAGAUAGUUGCAGAUGCUAGCAUUUUACGCAAUCAUCGUUUGGUGAAUAUAUCAAGAGAAACAUCAAGUUCUGCUGAGGCAGAAGGCACUGAAGAGGAUUUAUUGACUCAAGCUAUGGGUGAAAUUACACCUUUAGCUGCUCGUCAGGUUCUAGUUAGUAGUGAUGGAACUCAGCAGGGACCUACACUGGCCUUGGUUGGUGCUGAUGUCCCUGAUACCGUUACCCUUUCCUUACCCAAUGGACAGUUGAUCUCAUUAAUUCAUGGUAUUGCAGUACCAGGGGCACCAUCAACUGUUACAUCCACCUCUAGAACAGCUGGUAAUAGUGAUGGGAAUGUUAAUGUAGCUGAAGGGGUACUUCAGAGAGAAGAAGGGUCUUCUAUGCGAAUGGCAUACACCCUUGGAACAGCUCUUAAUGAAUCUAACAAUGAAGCAGAUGCUGUAGAGCAAGUGGUGUUAGCUGCUCAGCAGCCAUCAUCUCCUUCAAAUCAUGUUGUAUGGCAGCAUGCAUUAGCAUUCAACAGUACAUCAUCUUAAUGUGUUUUGUUAAAAAGUAGUUGCAGCCUUUCAUUUUGAAGGCUGUAGUUUCAUGGUUUGGGACCCCCAAGUUUUGCUGGAAUCUGAACAAUUUCUCUUUAUUUACUUUUAUAUUGAAAAUCUCCGUUGUUAUUAGGUUUGUUACCCAUAUUUAAAAUUUAUUUUUUUACAAUUUAUUUCAUUAAAUACAGUAUAUCUUUUCGUUUUUAACUCAAGUAAAAUAUACUGCAUACUUGUCACUGUGAAGAGAUAGAGAUAUUUUCAAGUUCUACUUGGUCAUGUUAUCUUUAUUUUUAUAGUAAAGAAUAUAUUGCUAAGCAUUUAGUCUUCAUUGGAUAUCUUUUAAAUAAGUAGUUUCAUAUGAAAUGAGUACAACUUUUGUUUGGUAAUAACCAUGCCUCACAAACAAUUAAUUGGCAGUGAUAAUGUACUGACAGUAAGCAUACCUUUUAAAUUUCAACUCUGCAAUGAUGUGUGAGUUAAAUAUUUUAAUGCAAAUUACAAAAGAAUUAGAAUUGUCAUUGCUGAGCUUACUAAAGUGAUACACCAAUUGUAAGCUUUGUUAAGUUUAUUUCAUUUGGAAAAAUAAGACAGUAUAUGUUUAUUUUUGCUCAUGAAAGUCAUUAUCUGUUUGAUAUUCUCAUAUAUUUAUUCAGAAUAAAUAUUUAUUCAAGCUCUAGUCUCGUCAGAUAAAGAGUUCAUUAUAAUGUUUUGUGGCCUUUCGUCAUUGUUUUUUAAUACUGGUAAUUGUGUCUGUAUAUUUCUAUUGUCAUUUUAUAGGAAAAUGGCUUCAAGCCAUUAACAUAUGAGUCUAGUCAUGUUUCCACUGUAUCCAGGAGAACCAAAGUGGAAUUAUUUACAGUAAGACAAAUUUUGAAGUAGGACAUUAUUCCAUAUUACUAUGUGGUAGUUUAUAAAAAUUUUAGCUGCAAAGUCUAGUAGAACUGUUUAUGGUUAUUGUAUUUUAUAAACAUUUUAGUAUGUUUUGAUAAUCACAGUCCUACCUCUGUACUGUAUUAAAUGAAAGCUCUUAAUUUUUUAUAUGUAUAAAAGAUGUGUUUGUAUUUAGCAAAUUUAAGUACCCUAUAAUAUUGUUGAUAUGUUAUUUUGUAUGAAAA